UCCACGGAGGGACCUACUCAGAGAGGCAGGAGACAAUCUUCAAGCCUGAGACCCGGAAUAAAGCUCUGCCCAUUGCCAACCUAAGCCAAGCCGUCUAUGCAGGGGCUGCGAAGACAUCCUUUCUGUCCCUUCGAAACUCUCCAGACGCCAACGGCAGCUCCGGCUCCCCAGUGAGGAAGCUGAGCCCAGAGCUCCCUCAGGGCGCGCAGAAAAGCCCGGCGUGGGGGUGGGGGAGUUUCAAAACCGUUAGCUCGCGUUUUUUUUUUUUUCUUUUCCCUCCCUCGCUAAGGUUUCUUUUCUUUUCUCUUCCUGUCCAAAUAUUUCAAAUUUCCGCGCCUUAAAUAACAGUCUCCUUUUAUUUAGUUAGUUUCCUCGGCAGGUUUGGCCGCCCGCUUGUCUCUGCCCCCCAUCGGGCCCGGGGCGUCUCGGGCGCCUCGGUGCUGCCUGCAGCCCCUGCGCGCUGCCCCAGGCCCAGGCUGCGUGGCUCAGAGCGCGCCAGCCGGAGCCACAGCCCCCUCUUGCCGCGACCUCGCCUGACCCGGCUCUCCGGGCGCCCAGAGCCAGCUAAGGCCGCCCCCCGCCCGGACGCCUGUCUGCCUCCCAGCUCGACUUCCCUCCCCGGACUUUGGAGCCUUUUCUGCUUCGGGGUUUGGAUCCCGGUCGCCCGGGAGCGGCGAAAGGGCCGCGGCAAUAGGAAAGCAGCGGAGAAAGCCAGUGGCCGGAGCCUGCCCCAGCCCCCACCCCGCGGGUAACCUUGGAGGCGCCCUCGGAGAUUACCCUCUAGGUCCAUCCACAUCGUUGCAAAUGGCAAGAUUUCAUUUUUUAAUGGCUGCGUAAUAUUCCAUUGUAUAUAUACACCACAUCUUUAUCCAUUCAUCUGUUGAUCUGGGCUCUUUCCAGCUUCAUCCCUUUAAAAGUAGAUCAUCUAUAGAGAGAGAGAGCACAGCAAGGGGAUCAGCAGAGGGAGAACGAGAAGCAGGCUCUCCGCUGAGCAGGAAACCCAAUGCGAGGCUGAUCCCAGAGCCCUGAGAUCAUGACCUGAGCCAAAGGCAGACCCUUAACUGACUGAGCCACCCAGGCGCCCCUCCAGCUUUGGCUUUUGUGAGCUCUUUCAGAGGACUACGUAAGCCCUUCAACAUAUCCCCCUCAUUAUGGAAAUGAAGCAUCAGAGGGAAACACAGGAACAUUUUUCACAAAUGUAGAAUUUUCUUCUGAUGGAUUUAAAAUCGAAAGCCAUAGAGUCUUAUGCCAGGUAAACAAGAUGAGAAAACUAGCAGUUCAUUUUACAUGCUCUUUAAUGAGAUGGAAGAUUCAUCAUCAAAAUGGGACUUUCUUAAGCCUUCUCCUUCAAGUACCUUAAGUAAAAGAAAGAAGUGCUCCACAGAUGAUGAAACGGUCAUAAUAACUGUUGGUUUUUUUAACCACUUAACUUAUUUUCUGGCUGCUGGUGCUGUUACUUUGGGAAUUGGUUUCUUUGCUUUGGCAUCAGCUUUGUGGUUCCUGAUUUGCAAACGAAGAGAAAUAUUUCAAAAUUCCAAAUUUAAAGGAAUUGAUGAGAGAUGCAGGCAAAGAUCAUUAAAGGGAAAGAUUAAAAGUCAUUCUCAAUGUAUCUUUAUUUCUCGAAAUUUUCAUACUGGAGAAUUCCAAUCACAGGAGGAGCAAAGAAAAAAGGAAACCGCACAUAUAAAAGUAAUAAAAGAUCACUCUAAAGAUGAAUUCUGCCUUGCAACAAAAAAGGUCAUUUCUGACCCCUCAGAGACUAGCUUGGCAACACAUCCCAGCAGUGUUACCUUAAGCUUAUCAACAAUACCAUCUGAUUCUUAUUACAGCCAAAGUAUAGAAGCAGCUGAUGACUGGUUUUCUGAUGAUACUCUAGCAAAAAAGAGCUCUCCAAUUCCUUUUCUCAGGGAACCUCUAAUGGAAAAAGUAUUUUCAUACCUGUCAACAAUUUCAUUAGAAGAUUGUACUGAAAAUGUACUGAACAUGACACUUUAUGAUGAUCAGAAAGAUGACAGCAUUAAGGAAAUAUUUUCACGAAGAAAUACAGAGGUUGAAAUACAAAACCUUCAACAUAAUAUUGAAUGACUUUUUUCUUUUGAAACAUUGUAUAUACUGAAGUGAUGGAAAGUUAAAACUGAAUUACCAGCUUCUGAGGCUCUUAACAUGUCCAUACUAUUACUUGUUCAUUACCAUAGAGUGGUCCUACUUCCCUUGCCAAUUCUUAUUUCUAGAAACAAAAUUACAGGAAGCAGUAGAGUGACAUCAUGAACAUUAAGCUUAACUCCUUGUAUCUCAUCAAAGGACAUAAUAAAUAAUAUGAAUGUAUUUCAGCAUACAAGAGAAAUACUUUAAGAAAUCUUCAGCACAAAUAGACUUUUGAAUAAAACUUUGACAGCAUUUCCUUAUACUUCUGACAUUUUCAAUUUUAUUUCAAUAUGGGUAGGGCUGGGCAGAAUAUUUCCAUCAGCUUUUCUGAAUUUUAAAUACAUAAAUUUCCUAUCAUUCAAAUUUUAUUUUGUCAUGAUUUUGGUAAACAAUAUAAUUUUGCUCUUCUAGGGGAGCCUGGAACACUGAAGAAUCCAGAAAAUAAUUUUCUUUGCCCUUUCCUAUGUCUGCUUCUCAGAAUGGUUUCCCAGUCCUUACUCCACUAUGAUGGAAAUGUUGGCAGCUAUGUUCUUAAGCAGCUGAUUCAAGCUAGAUGAAUCAGAGUUCCUCUCUAAUCUGAGAAAUCCUUUUUUUUUUCUUUUUUACAUAUUUUUAUCAUUUCAUUAGGAAUAAUUCCAAAUGGGUUAUGAAGGAAAUUUACUGAGUUUGAUGAGUUUUCCAAAACCUCUUAAUGAAGAUAAUCUGAGAGACCCUUGGUCAGAUUUCUAUGUUUGGUCCUGAGGAAUUUCUGAAAUCCACCAUGUAAUUAAUUUUUUUUUCCCUUUCUCCUAAAUACUCUCCAUGUAAUCAGUCUCUCCUUUUCUUUCUUUCUUGGAAAAUGAUUAAAUAUAAUAUUAAUUUUUGUGCUUAAGUUACUCAUGCCAGCAUUUGUGCUUAUCUUCCCAAGAGAUAAAUCAUACCUAUUACAAAAAAUGAAAAAAAAUUUGUCUCAAUUAAGAUAGUAGCAUUACCCAUGUCAAUUGAUUCUGUCCCAUGGGAAAUAUUAAAAAAGAUUAGAACACCUCUCUCUUCUGAACCACCUCAUUAUUUCUACUAGUUACUGGUUGUGAGAACAUCUCUCUAAUAUCCACUCCUACAUCUAAAUAAGCUAUUUGAACUUAGGGUCUGUAAGGAACAGCAUAUAUAUAAAUUGUUCUCUGUCUCUUGGCGUCCCAGAGUCCAUCUUCCUAUCCCAGAAAAGUCAUCUCUAAUUUGGUAAGAUCUUAAAACUUUCCUAGGAAUUUGAGAUUGAAGAUAAGAGAGUCUAGCUUUGAUCUGAUUAGUCUCUGGAAUAGAGGAAACAAACUUGGGAGCUAUGGGCUGCCAUGUCCCACCUUGUGGUUUGGGGAGGAAAAAUCGUAAAUCUGCAGUGAGAGAGCAGUGAAGCACUUGCAAAGUAAAAAGCUGAGAUGAGAGAUCAGGAGAAUGUGAUUCCUGCUUUCUAAUAGUCCUCCAUUUCCUUGUUCCAGCCCUUCAUGAAGCCUGCCCUUGGCUUGGUAUGGCACCCUUGUAUCCUAAUAAUAAAUCCCCCUGUUUGAUUAAGCUAGCAAAAUUUGAUAUUUAUUAGUGUCCUGUUUUAAACUGUUGUUUAGGGGCGCCUGGGUGGCUCAGUCGUUAAGCGUCUGCCUUUGGCUCAGGUCAUGAUCCCAGGGUCCUGGGAUCGAGCCCCGCAUCGGGCUCCCUGCUCAGCGGGAAGCCUGCUUCUCCCUCCCAC